GAGGGCUGAAAAACUGCGGGACUCAGGGGAUGUAGGCGAGGGAGUGGGCCCUCGCAUGCCCGAUGAUGAUGAUGAACCGCUUCAGCACGCUGCGCCCAUCGACACGACGCGGUGUUUCUUCCUCGAGUACGACGAGCGGCGUUUUGCUAAGCAAAAAGUCCUUCCUGUUCUUGUGGACAUGAAAAUCAAACGCAUUCCCCGCGGGAAUAUUCUUUUCAACCACCGCUCUUUGUCUGCGAACAUUGUGCGAGGCAUCGUGAAUGCCAUCGAGAGUUCCAUCACCACGGAACCGGGGGCGUGGGAUGGGCCUGAGCUCGUGCUUGCGCUGGUUGACCGCAACGACAUCGUUGGCGGGCAGGGUAGGCGGAUAACACCAACCGAAUUCUUCGAAAGAGACUCCUCGGAGUUCGAUUGGUGUGCUGUCUGUGGUCAGCAUACGGUCGAGGUCAUGAAGACAUUGGUAAGAAAGGGUUCUCCAACAGUCGACGUCUAUGGCCUUCGCGCAUACUCUAAGGUGCGGGUCGUCUAUUUUGGAGAUGAGCAGACGCGAGGGUAUUUCAAUGUCUCUGCCCUCGACAACAGACGCGAAAAUCGGGCCAUGAUGUUGUCCUUCGAGGAUGUUGUCCGUGAUAUGAGGCAAUGGUGGAUCGAUAACCAUCGAAUCGAGGCCCCAAAAGGCAAGGUCAGCGAUAAGGAUGCGGUCGCCGUUGUGCACCAAAAGAAGUGGCAGAAUUUCUUAAGGGCCUCCAUGGGGAAGGCAUGCGACAAGGCGUUCGUGAAGCAGGCGCUCGAGAAUGAGUACAGUAAGGAUUGGAGCAAUAAACUUCGUGGCUACAUGAACCUCGCCACAUCCACCGAGGUUGUGUGGCCACUGGUCGAGAAGUUCUUCGAGAUGUUCAACGAGGAGAAGCUACCAGAUGGCGAUGGUAAAAUACCGCUUGACAUGCCGGGUAGGAUGGAGGGGCGCCAGCAAGGCCCGUACACCGACGAGACGAAGGGGCAAAGAACAUUAUACCAUUGCAUAUACGCGAGAGAUGGUCCCAAAGGCUCCACCGUGUCGUGGAAGGAUCUCUGUCCUUCCUACUUCAAAAAUUUUGGGGAUUUGACGUGCCGCGAGAGGGAAGUUGCACUGCUCCUUCUCAUGAAAGGGAAGGUGGUCGCGACGAACGUCAAGGUCAUGCCUCUGAGAGUGAAUACGGAGUGCCUCCUCGACAUCAUGCGAAAGGAACGGUACAUGGUCCGUAUGUUCAACUACGUUGUUUUUCGCGCCGAGGGAAGGGCGGACGAUGAGUGGAAUGAUGCCUUCUUCAUGUCAUACAAGGACCUCGAAGACAGGUAUGGGCCGAGCGGUCUGUGUGCAGCUGAAUGGGAGAAGGAACGGGACAAGYUGCAUGUCAGCAAAGUGAAGACGGUCYCUCGACRGCUUGRAGGGGUGGAGGAGGCAAGGCAAGGAUYAGGCUUGGGCCCUACGGCGRCAAUGUAUAAGGAGGCUCCGUUCCACUUUAAGGUGUUUGUAUACACCUCAAUCGAUAAGCUCGAUCUGUUUCGGGCGGAGGUCAAACGGGUCGCCUCCAGCGCACGUCAUAUCGUAUGGGAUAAACUUAAAAAACAAACAACAUUGCUACCGGUGUGCAUGCCAUUGAAGGAAGUGCUGGCUGCGCCAAACGGCAUCGUCGCUGUGGCGCAAAAAAUGACCUGCAGGGCCGUCAUCCUUGACAUCUCCCCCGCUAACUUUUGCACGACAUGGACCUCUCAAGAGUUCGACGCUCUGCACUCUAUGGUGAUUAAGUGUUGUGGCGUAAAUUGGGUUCUUUUUGUCUUCGAACCGCAAAAGGUGCAAAGUGAUGUUCUGCAUUGCUUAUUCCAGUGGGAGGACAUCGAACUCAUCCUCGGGACCUGGAAACAGGUGGACAGGUCAUCGAAUGACAUCACGAGGUAUGGCAAUAUCGCUACGGCGAGUCGAGACAUGAUGGCCAUUGUCCUGCACGCGGAGGGAGGGGAUCUCAGAAAGGUCACGGUCGCACCCCGCCUUUUCAAUGACCUCACAAACGUGCAUGUUGUGGAUGACAAGUUCGGGAAGUGUCUGGGGAAACACGGUGGCAUAGAGGGUGAUGAAAGUGUGGUGUAUUCCAUCUGGGAGCGAGAGUCUAGCAAGUUACGUUCGUUGUGUAGGUCAUUCGUCGAGGAGGCGGAAGGUGUAAUUUUAUUGGGUAGGGCGCACGCAGGUCUUGUGUGGGAAUUAUUACUGGCAGGGAAUAAUGUCAUUGCCUGUAACGAGUCGGCAAACGACAUUGCAUACUUGACAAAGUUCAUCGAUAUACUUGUCAAGGACGACAGAUUCAACUGCCACAUCGAGAAACCGCAUUGCAAACAUCGCCCGAACAGGGACAUGUUCCACAAGUUGGGGCCUAAGAGACUGAAGAGUGCUGCAUUGCAAGACAUUGGAAGAUGCGGUGGCAAUGAAGAAGACGACAUUGAGAUACCAGGCGAGGCGUCGACGCUCGCACCAGGCGAUGCAAUUCCUUCAGGCUACUGUGCUGACCCGGACACGAUAUAUUUCUUGGAGGGCAAACACACCCACACAGGCGAGGAUCAGCGGGGCCAUGACAUCAUAUGGCAUGAGGGCGUUUUACAGCCGUGCAUCCAAGAUGCGGAGUGGAAGAUGGCGGUGAAAUACACAAGCGGUUGGAAGAUUUUUCGCCGGAUGUCAAAGGACAUCUGGUUGAAAACGACGGAACUCGCGAUCCUGCAUCGCGUGCGCGUCGAGAAUCCAGAGCAGAGCGAGGACGCCAUCAAAGCCAAGGCCGAAGAAUUGUUUCAUGUCUUGCGCGACAAUCGACAGCAGGAGUACAGCAACAAAUUUUAUGCCCUGCGCUCGAGUCCCUCACGUGGGUCAAUCAACUGGAAGGUUGAUCAAACCGCCAGAACCUUGGAGAGGAGCUGCUCUCAUGAUUUCAUGCCUUCGGCUGAGCCGGCCUUUGUGGCCGCGCAAGCAGGGCACAGGGGAGAUGACGGGACUACUGUUGUCGGGCCUCAAGAGGUUGACAUCAUGUCUAAGCCGCAAAUAUCGGAAAAAUCCAUCUCGGUCGCCGCGGCACAAUCGUCCUCACCCAUCGAUGUGUCAACGACGUUGCCCCCGGAUGCAGGUGCCACGUACGGGAGUUUAUUGAUAACAAAUGCUGCAAUGCAAGGCAGAUCCGAGAUCGAGUCAGAGUCUGAUGUUGGGCCGAGCGUGGAGGAGAGUCAGUUGCAACCGUCUUUAUGCACUGGCAAAGGUGAUGCACAAUUACCGCUGACACCACAGGGAGGGGCCGGUGGGGAUGGCGGGAAGGGAGGGGAUGUGGAGGGAAUGCACCGUUCUCGUAACCUCGACACCUUAACCGCUGAUAUUGAUUAAAAGGGUGAGGGUGGGUGAGGCGAGAGGGGUGCAAUUGGAGGGGGAGAAUCCAGUGAUAUGAUUACAACUUCACCUC